UUCCAGUCAUUGAUUGUUCCAGGAGAGUCCGACCAGGAAGAAAUCCGGUCCGUUCAGCUCCCGGAGAAGCAGCGCCAUCGGCAUAGAGAAUAUCCAGGAGGUCCAGGAGAAGAGGGAAAGUCCCACCGGCCCCCAGAAGUACCCGGACGUCAGCCCUGUCUCCCAGGAACCCAAAUCUGAGAAUUCAUCCAAUCACAGCUCUCCUGAGAUGCCCACCACAAAAAACAGGAGAGAAUCGGCACCCAAACCCGAUGUCGGCAGAGAUUUCUCUCGUUCUUCAUCCAGUGCCAGUAGUUUUGCCAGCGUGGUGGAGGAAAAUGAACUGCUGGAUGAAGAGGACAUGGGCAUGGAUAGCGCCUCGGCCUCGGGGACCCCCCACAAGAGGGACUCGUUUGUGUACAGCACGUGGCUGGAGGACAGCAUGAGUAGUGUGAGCACGGCCAGCGGGGGCAGUUCCUCAGGGUUCCCCCACUCCCCACUGCCGGACGGGCGCAGAUCAGGGGACCCCUCUUUUCCCGAGAUCAAAAUCCAAUUGGAACAGACAGAACAUCACACAACCAAUCAGCGAUGUUAGCCCCUCCCUCGUGCGUUCUACGUGGAACUGCCUCCUCACAGGUUGCUGAGCGCAGGCAGAAGCUGAGGGAUUUGCGCCAGGCUCCGGCCUUCGAUGCAACAGAUGGGGGACCCCUCCGAGCAGAAGUGCAACCCCCAGACUUAUCAGUUCUGAUGCCAAUGGACUGACCACUGCCCCUGUUGUGGGGGGAUUUCUCCCAAACUGGGGACAGACAAGGGAGGGGAAAGGACAGAAUUCAUCUGCUUCCUCCUGUACCCCCAUAAUUCUCUAAGGAGUGGGAUACCCUGAGAUGUGAGUGGGGAACCCCCGGUGGUGAGACUGCGCAUAUAAUGGACGUGAUCACUACUUGCACUACUGACCUGCACUUCUGACCUGCACCGACCAACGGCCACUAACACUACUGGAACCUUUCCCAGCUGCCCCCCACUAACCCAGGACAUGGAAACCUUGGGGGGCUCAGCAUGUGGGGGUCCCCUUAUAGUUUGGGCAGCAAUGGACAUUAAUAAUGAUUGCUGAUUGGGUGCCAGGGGCAUUAUAGUCGUGUAUGAGACUCUCCAGCGGCACAAGGUGGCAGUUGCACCCACUCUGACUGUCAGUCACACAGUGAAAGGGUUAAUGGUAGUUCCGGGGCCCCUGCAUGUUCCCUACUGACCUAAUGUGCGUCUGUGUUUGUCUCGUACGGAUUCGCUAAACAUUCCCCAAUGGGUCCCGCCAUGAGCCGGGGGGCCGCACAUUAUACAGGACGGGGGCACUUACAUGAAGGAACCUCUUUCCCUUAAAGGGAUACACACAUGAAAACUGUUGGCUCCUGAUUUUCUGUUAAUGUAUUUUUAUUUUUGUGGAAACUGGUGCUGGGUGUCCCUUUAACCCCAUGAGACAACCUGCAGUACCGAUGCCCAGCAUAUUCCCCUGCACUUCCUGCUUGUGGACUAAAUCCCCCCUAUUCAUUUUAGGGGUGGAGCUUAAUCAGCCCAAGUAGCAGUCACAUGGUAAGGCUGGUGCAAUAAGAAGCUUUGGCGUCGCAAUAGAGAAGCUGCAGUUUAUUAACCAGGUGAGGAAUGCGCCACCCACAGGUUGGUACCACUACAGAUUUAUUAUACUGCCUAAUGCCAUAAACAGGCUGUACUGUCCCUUUAAAAGAAAAUGCUGCCACCUAGUGCGUUGUUUGGUACCUCAGGUACAGUCAGUAUGGUGGGAAUCUUUAUUGUUUUAUUAUACGAUACAGUCGUACUGCGCUACAGCCACUGCAAGCAUCACUUUCCAUGGUUACUCAGCAGAGCAAUAUAACUCCCAGAAUGCACUUGCUCAACUCCCUGAUCUUUUGCACAGGAUAUAUUUUAUUAAGACUUUUUAACUAAAUAGAAGAAUUGUGUGAGGGUAUGAGCCAAGGUUCUACCUCCAGCCCCUACUGAGCAUGCUCCCCGUUACUAACGUCUGUCCCAUAGCAACUGUCUCUAUAUAUUAGGUACCUAUCUAGUGUUACCAAUCCCUAUUUCUGUAGGGAAAUGAGAGAGAGCAGACAGUAACCCUUCCAACACUUUCCCCUUGUCUCUAUAUAUUAGGUACCUAUCUAGUGUUACCAAUCCCUAUUUCUGUAGGGAAAUGAGAGAGAGCAGACAGUAACCCUUUCAUUUAAUAGUGAGUUCUCAGUAAUGAUUGGCUCCUGAGCAAGUGGAUCCGGUGGGUGUGGCCUCUGGUUCUGUAGGAAUGAGCCCGGGGCAGUUACAGGGGAACCAGGAUCAGCAGGAAAUUAACCCUAUAUUUGGGUGUGGAUAUUCACCCCCUCUUGUGGCUCUGUGUUGUAAUGACAAUGGCGGGGGCAUCUCUGUGACUUUAUCCCCCUCCCCCCACUUAAUUUAUUUUCCGUUAGAAACACUAAUUGCCCCAGGGAUUAAUGUUGGGCACGAUGGGCGUCUCGUGUUUCCUGUUGUCUGUUUGUCUCUCUCCGUGGAAUUAAAUGAAAAUGUAUUUAUCGGAAAUAAUUCUAUUAUUUGUACAAAGCUUUUAAUGAAGAUUCUAAGGAAUAAACUCAGUCUGUACAGA